CCUCAAUCUAGUCACCAUUGGCUGUCAUCGUCGACUCUCAUCAUAUUAUGCUUCAUUUGUUUCAUCACACAUCGAUAUGCCAUCGCGCGGUGCGCUGCUCUCCAUAGCGAUCGUAGUGUGCUUUGGAGAGAUGACAGUGACCGAAAAAGGGUGCUCAGUUUUGAAGCACGGUUCGGAGCUUGAAAGGCAGUUUAGGAGACAUUAUAGGGACAGUGAGGUGCAGUUUAAGUGUGGUGCGCCCAGGCUAAGGGCGGUUUCUACGGAGGAUAUUGUCGAGGAGAAUGGUUUUGUGGAGUGUUUGAACGAUUAUAAGGUGGAACCUUCCUGGACGAUGCUGUACCGAUGCGAAUACUCGGGCUGCUGUGCGAACAACAUGCAGUGUGUUAGCGACAAAGAAGACGAAAAAGUGCCUAUAGUAUUCAGGAUUCGACCACGAAGUUACAAGACCAAGCAAAGACAUCCCAUGUUCAUCAAACUGAUGGCAAAAAAUGACUCUAGCUGUAUUUGUGAUGAUAUAAUUACCAAAUAAAAGUUCGCUUAUCCUCAA